AUGGUGGUAACUGCAUCAACUUCAUCUCAGCUUGAGAUGACUGAAGCUGGAAGGGUUGAAACUGACUGUCAAAAGGAAAUUAUUUUUGCUGGUAAAGGAAGCAACAUUCUAGAUGCUGAUGCAACAACUGAUAAUCAGCUAAUUCUAGACGGAGCUAAUAGUGAUUUUAAGUCGGAUGAUGAUCAACUAAAUCAUCAAAAGCAGAAGGCUUCCUUCUUAGGGGGAGUCGAUGACGCUAAAGCUGAAAGUUGUUCCACUGCUAGUGAUCCUUCAACACCUCCUCUUUCCAAGAAAAGAAAACUCAUUUUUUAUCUGAAUGUUUUAGUUAAAGUAUAG